AUGCAAGAUAUCAUCAAGGAAUCUGAGAUAGUUGAUAAAAAAUCCCAAUUACAAUGGAAAGAAGGAUUGAUAGAGUUUGAAAAAACAGGUCUCCAUCAUCUUAAAGAAACUUCAUAUUCCUUACAACAAAAGCUAAUCUUAAGUUAUACAUCUAACAAGCCAUCAUAUACAUCGACACAUAGAUCAUCUGAUGACAUUGUAUAUAUCUGCAAACAGAAUGAAGAUUUAAUUCAAGAUUGCUGA